AAUACCAUAGACGACGCUGCGGACCUGUCGAUGAUGCCGAAAUGCCAUCUUCAACUUUCCAAGCUAACUGAUUGACUCUGCUGCCCAGCAGGAUUCAUCCUCUGCGACCCGCUCUUCCGAAGGCUCUUCUGGCUUUCCUCGCACCUCUAGUUAUGGAAAUCGCCUAGAAAACCAAUCGUAUGGCAGCCGUGGAGAGGGAGGAUACGGCCGUCAGAGCUCAAGCGGCCUCCCGCGCAGCGGGAGCACCCAAAGCUUUGGCGAUGGAGGGCGAGGAUACGGCCGUAACCAGGCACCUGUGGAACCCACGUUUUCCACCUGGCAGCCCACCGACCGCGUGCUGGCGUUGAGCGAUGAGACGAUUCAGGAGAUUCGGCAGAGGCUCAAGGUCUCGGUUGAAGUCACCGAGGGUGAACCUAAGGCGGCACCCCCUAUUGAGUCGUUCCACGAGAUGAACCUGCAUGCAAACAUCCUGGCGGACAUUGCGCACCACAAGUACGAGACCCCCACGCCUAUCCAGGCGCAGGGUCUGCCGAUCGCUCUGUCGGGGCGCGACAUCCUUGGUUGCGCUGAGACGGGCAGCGGCAAGACAGCCUCAUUCUCAAUCCCCAUGAUUCAGCACUGUCUGAACCAGCCGCCUUUGCGUGGAGGGGAUGGGCCCAUGGCGCUGGUGCUGGCUCCUACCCGCGAGUUGGCACAACAAAUUGAGCGCGAGGUCCGCGCCUUCAGCCGCUCCUCCUCCCGCUCCGUCCGCACCUCCAUCGUGGUGGGCGGUGUGCCCAUCCACGAGCAGCGCCACGACCUGCGCUCGGGCGUGGAGGUGGUGGUGGCCACCCCGGGUCGCUUCCUGGACCACCUGCAGCAAGGCAACACCAACCUGGGCCGCGUGAGCUACGUGGUGCUGGAUGAGGCGGACCGCAUGCUGGACAUGGGAUUUGAGCCGCAGAUCAAGGAGGUGAUGAACAACCUGCCGGUGCGCCACCAGACGCUGCUCUUCAGCGCCACCAUGCCCAAGGAGAUUGAGGAGCUGGCUCGGGCCUACCUAAACAAGCCAGUGACCGUCAAGAUCGGCGCCGUGUCCACCCCCACCGCCAACGUGGCCCAGCGGCUGGAGCAUGCGCCUGAGGGGCAGAAGCUGGACAUCCUGGUGGCGCUCAUCUCGGCGGAGGUCGCCGCGGAGGGCACCGGCGGGCCGCCCAUGCCGCUCACCAUUGUGUUUGUGGAGCGCAAGACGCGGUGCGACGAGGUGGCGGCGGCGCUGCGCGAGGAGGGCAUCGCGGCGAAUGCGCUGCAUGGCGGACUGAACCAGUCCGAGCGUGAGGCGGCGCUGCGUGACUUUGCGCGCGGCGCCAUCAAGGUGCUGGUGGCCACCGAUGUUGCCAGUCGGGGUCUGGACAUCAAGGGCAUCGGCCACGUUAUUAACAUGGACCUGCCCAAGACAUUCGAGGACUAUGUGCACCGCAUUGGUCGUACGGGUCGUGCGGGCACCAAGGGCCGCGCCACCUCCCUGUGGAACGACAGGGACUCAUUCCUGGUGGCGCAGAUCAAGCAGGCCCUCUCUGAGCUCGAGAAGGGCAACGGCUUUGCCUUCGCUACGGGUAAGGAGGCGCGCAAGGAGGAGCGGCAGCUGGCUCGGGAGUUCAAGUCGCAGCUCAAGAUGACGAGCCAGGGCAUGCUGCAGACGGGCAGCGGGGCGGUCAAGGUGGACGACCGCUAUGCGCACAUGGCCACUGCGGCGCCUGCAACGGCGGGGAGCGGCGUGGCGGAUGCCGCCUGGGACGAUUGAGAGGAGGGAAAGAGGGACAUGGCGGGGUGGGAGCGAGGAGGUUGACAUCUCGACGUGAGAUGGUUUUUUUGUACGUUUGCUCUUCUGCCGUCCUAUAAAACAAUUUGGCUUGUUUGGUUUACUUCACCUGUGCCCAGUCUGCAGGGCGGAAGGUAUGCGUAUAUGCACUGUUUUUUGCACUUUUGGAGACUUUGGGGAAAGGGGAAGGGACGGGGAGAAGGGCUGUUGGGUUUGGGGUUUCCCAUUUACGAGUACGGCUUGGGGAAUAAGGCGAGGUGGUUAAAGGGAGGAUACCGCAUUGGAUUUUGAAAGGAACCUUUCGCUGGUUUGGGGUGUGAGGGGAUCCGGGAUAGACCUGGGCGCGUGUGUUUAUCGCAACGCGACAAGAAGAAACACGCGAGAAGGGGACAAUGAGCAGGAGGCUUCGCGCAAAGGCAUAUAGCUUAUACUUGUGGCAGGUGUCGAGAGUUUUGCGUGUGGGGUGUUAGGGGUUUGGGGUUCAAGUGGGGAUGUCGUUGCCGCUGUGUCUUCUGGAAAAUAGGACGCGGAUUUAGGUGCACAGCUUAUUUGACUAAUGUUUUGUGCAAGGGCGUUUGUUGGUUUUUUGGACAGCCAAACCAUCAAGUCUCUUUUUCCAAAAGCCCUACAUUGGCCGGAGGAGGCUGUUCGAAGCCCUGGAGAGGAAAGCAACAAGAGGAAAUGACAUUGCGGCGGUAGUAAGACGUGCAGCAGCUGCAGUAGCGUACGGGGCACAGAGACGUGUGACCUUAUCGUGAGAGCGCGAGGCUUUCGACCCUUUUUGGCAAUAUCAGCUGACGUUCAUCCCGAGUAGUUUUGGAAAUGUGGCAACAUGUGCUGGCCAUUUGGAUUUGGGAUUCCGGAUUUUGCUCGGCCGCCUUUUGAAUACCUGUUGUGUACGGGGCCAUUCGUACAAGCCACCCGCUUGCAGCCAUCAAAAGGGCUGUCCGCCUCCUGCUCAAUAAGGGCCGCUUGGAAGGUCACAUACAGGAUAAAGGGCGAGGGCAUUUGUGUUGUGUGGAAUGCGGUCGAGGUUUGGGGGAUAUGACAGGAGGUCAGUAGUUGUACGGCGGAUGACACGCGUGACACAUGCCCUUCUUGAACUGGGUCGUGCGGCGUGGGAAGUGGGUCCACAAUGGCGCAACCUGGCCUGGGUUUAAAUGCUUCCGUACGGCAUGUAAAGCCACCGUCGAGCCA